AUGAACGUCAAACGAACAAGAGUCGAUGUGCCGGUCGCAGGGAUCGGAAAGUCUGCAUUGAAGGUGAAGCACCAAUUCCGAGCCGUCAUCAAAUCUCGAAAUUCCGAUUACACAACUAGCGUCGAUCUGCUUAUCUUGCCCAAGGUCACCAUGGACCUUCCAUCGACGAACAUUGACGUAACCCGCUGGGACAUUCCCUCUAAGAUCAACCUCGCUGAUCCUGCUUUCUUCCAAUCAAGCACGGUGGACAUCGUGCUGGGGGCAGAGAUUUUCUUUGACUUGUUUUCCGUCCCAGGGCGUAUUACACUUGGCGAAUCUCUUCCGUUGUUGGCCAACUCGGUCUUCGGAUGGGUAGUGUCUGGAAGAACUGCCCAAAAUCUGCCCCACACUUCUGUCCGCUGUAAUGUCGCAACCGUUGCCGAUCUACAAACCUACAUGGAGAAGUUCUGGAAGAUAGAGGAGGACGCAUCAGCUACCAACUAUUCCCCGGACGAAACUGCUUGCGAAGAGUUUUUCCAACGUACGGUGACUCGUGAUGCUUCGGGUCGAUAUAUAGUGCGUCUUCCAUUCAAGGAGUCUAUGGUCCAACGAUUGGGAGACAACCAGAAAUCAGCUCUACACCGGUUUCGCUUGCUAGAGAAUCGCCUGUCUCGUGAUGAUUCGAUCGCUCAGCAGUAUCGGGAGUUCAUGUCCGAGUACCUUCGGCUGGGCCAUAUGGCACCGCUCAGCUCCUUCGACAAAGAAGUUCAUCCGAAAUAUUAUCUCCCACACCACCCAGUAAUUCGAGAGAGCAGCACGACGACCAAACUACGCGUUGUAUUCGACGCGUCCAGUAAAACGAGCUCGGGCAUCUCGCUCAAUGAUGCUCUUCUCGUCGGUCCAAUCGUACAAGACGAUUUGCGAUCGAUCGUAAUGCGAUCCCGCACCCAUGAGAUUGUUCUCAUUGCGGACGCAGAGAAAAUGUACCGCCAAGUGCGACACUUCCCCGAAGAUUACGCAUAUUUGUGCAUUUUCUGGCGCCUGGCUCCUGAUCAGCCAAUACAGACGUUUGUUCUUCAAACCGUCACCUAUGGGACAGCAUCUGCUCCCUUCCUGGCCACCCGCGUAUUGAAACAGCUAGCGAACGAUGAAGCUGCGAACUAUCCGAUCGCUGUACAGGUGGUGGAAAAUGACUUCUACGUCGACGAUCUUUUUACUGGAGCAGCGACAGCCACCGAAACCCUCGAGCUCAGAGAGCAGCUCGAUGGCAUGCUGUCAAGAGGAGGAUUCACGAUGAGGAAAUGGGCAUCAAACUGUGAAGCCGUACUGGAAGGCAUUCCGCCAGAGAAUCGAGCUCUUCAGCACUCAAUCGACCUGGACCGAGACCAAACUAUCAAAACGCUCGGCUUACACUGGGAACCGGGCACGGAUCAUCUCAAAUACAAGAUCGAUAUACAACUACCACCCAAUACCAUUCUCACAAAACGUCUCACGCUAUCCUACAUAGCUCAACUUUUUGAUCCGUUGGGGCUAGUUGGACCAGUCGUCGUAACAGCCAAGGCCUUUAUGCAAACUCUCUGGACUCUCAGGGACGAAAACGGAAAGGUGUGGGAAUGGGAUCGGGAGUUACCAGCUAGUCUGAAGGAUCGAUGGUGUGCCUACCAUUCGGAUCUGCCCACGCUCAACGAAUUGAGGAUAAUUCGCUUCGUUCUUCAGCCCAACUCGCUUGAGAUUGAGCUGCAUGUGUUUUCGGAUGCCUCUGACAUCGGUUACGGUACCUGUGCCUAUCUGAGGGUAUCAAAGAUUCAACAUGCGACUCAAAAUUGUGGAUGGAACCAUAUAGCAGGACUCCAGAACCCCGCUGACGUCAUAUCCCGAGGUUGUCUGGCAUCCGAGCUCGUCCACAACAAGCUCUGGUGGGGUGGCCCAGAAUGGCUGCGGAAGGAAAAAGAAUACUGGCCUGUUCCUGGACAACAGUGCGGAUCAACUGAUGAUUGCAACAGCGAACGACGAAAAACUGCCGCAGUGUUUGCUUCUGCCACUACCACACCCUCGUUUAUCGACGAAUAUACAGGAAAAUUCUCCAAUUACUCCAAAAUGAUCCGCACAACAGCAUACUGGCGGCGUUUCUAUUCGAUUCUGCGAUCACCAAAAGAAGAUCGAACUUUCAGCUUCCUAACGAACGAUGAACUCAAAACUGCCGAACAUGCGCUCAUACGAUUGCUGCAACAACAGUGCUUUCCAGACGAGUGGAAGCGAUUGCAAAGUGGACAGCACGUCGCCAAAGGCUCUCGACUGAGAUGGUUUCAUCCAAUGCUCUCCUCCAACGACAACGUUAUUCGAAUCGGUGGUCGGCUAGGCCAAUCUACGCUACACGACGACUUCAAGCAUCCCAUUCUGCUACCUGGUGCUCACCGGCUAUCAACAUUGCUUCUCGCAUCGUAUCAUUUGCGACUGUUACACGCAGCUCCUCAGUUGAUGGUAAACACGGUUCGCUUGAAAUACUGGCUCUUCGGUGGGCGAAGUGCGGCACGGCAGGUAGUACACAAAUGUGUCACUUGUGUACGGGCUCGACCGAAGCUGGUCGAACAAUUCAUCUACAACCACGGCAUCGGCGUGACGCUCCAAUCAAGGCAUAUGUAG